AUCUACAUAUCGUCAAUUGCGAAAUACACAAUGUCGAGCACAAUGUUGUCAACAGUCACCCGCGCAACGAGGAUGCAGUCCUCGAGGUCAUCUCGCGCUGCUUUCUCCACCGUCCGCACACUACGCCAACAACCAAUAUACCAACCACCCACUCCACAACCCGAACCAGAUAACCCGCAUCGCGCCUUUUACAAAUCCUUCGGUCGCCCGAUCGCAAAAGUCUUCUUCAUGGCUCUCUUUACAUAUCAAGUAUUGCACUACACUUGGAUGAGGUUGGAAUCUAUGGAAGAGAAGGAAGAAAAGAGUGCUGAAUUGCAAGGAUUGGAGGGUCAGUUGAGGGAGUUGACGAAUACGAAAACGACAGGGGAGAAGAAGGCUUGAAGAUGAGGAUGAAAUAUUGCGAUACCACACCACGCAACAAAGACCAGAAAGCCACACAUGGACGCAGCCUGGAGGACUCAUGUUCAUCUCGCCAAAUCCCAUUCAGAGGAUCAUUCUCGCCAUUUCUGAUCGCCUGUCAGGGACAACUUCAAGGAAGACAGCCACGUUCAUUUAGCCCCGCCGAAACACGAAGGGGAAUGUUCAAUUCUUUUCGUGCUGCAUUCAACUACAUACAAGCAGAAGUAUCGUCAUCGAAUACAUAACUACAGCAUAGCUGCUACAAGAUCCACCUGAUCACAUCA